AUGUCAUUUGAAAAGUUCAGUCUGGCGGAUGCCCUGGAAGACCUGUCAAGUCGUUUCAUCAUCAAUGUCACGGAAUCAGAGCUAUCAAAGACCGAAAGAAUAUGCUUUCAUAUCGAGCAAGCUCAUUGGUUUUACGAGGACUUCGUACGAGAACAAAAUCCAGCUCUUCCACAUCUUGAAUUGGAUCGAUUCAUGCAACACCUGUUUCAACAUUGUAAAUCUUUGGGUGUCCUUGGUGGGGAUCCUCAUGCUGCUUAUGCCAGUUUCAGGAGAUACAAGAGAACUGUCCCUGUUUGUGGAGUCAUUAUACUAAAUCAAAAGAUGGACAAGGUCCUACUUGUAAGACAAUGGACAUCCAAAACAUGGUCAUUCCCAAUGGGCAAAAUCAAUGAAGCAGAAGAACAAGUAGAUUGUGCUGUCCGAGAAGUAGAAGAAGAAACGGGAUUCAACUGCUCUAGAUUUGUUUACAAUGAUGCUUUUCUCGAAAAAUCCAUCAGUGGCAAAGAAAUACGGCUGUAUUUCGCUGCUGGAGUACCAGAAUCAACUGAAUUCAAGACACAAACACGUAAAGAGAUUAGUGGGAUACGGUGGUUCAAUGUUGCUGCCCUACAAGUCGAUAAACGUAAACUGCAUCAACAGCAGAUACAGCAACAGGCAAAUGUGUCGGCAGCAAGUAGUGGGAAAUCAAAAUUCUAUCUGGUGAAUUCAUUUGCAGAUGACAUCAUAAAAUGGUGUAAAGAAAACAGGAAACGAGUGGCUGCUAAGGAAAAGUUAAAUACUGCAAUCGCUGCUGCCGCAGUCGCACCUAGAAUAGAAGAAAGUACUACUAGCGUAACUGUGGUGGUUGAAAACACCAAUAUGAUAAUGCAGCAAAUGCCAUACCAUCCGCCACUACAUAUGAUGAACAUACCACCUCAACCACAAUUUAUAAUGCCACAACAACCACAACCAAUAAUGAUAGACCCGUCAAUAGCGCUGAAAGCUGCAAUUGGUGUCGGAACAGAGUAUAGAACAGCUACUCGUGAAAUGCCCCGUGUAGAGACUCUACAUAGUGCUCGAGAUUCGUUACUGACGCUAUUGGGAAAGUCGAGUCAGGAACCACCACCUAUACAGCCUGCUGUCAUCCCUACUAGUGUUCCAGAACCUCCCAAACAGGUCAAUGAGAAGCAACAAUGGUUGAUGGACUUGUUAUUGGGUGGCUCGCAAACACCAACAUCUGAACGUACUAGUAUCACACAACCAUCAACUACCUUGUUGCCGAGACCUAGUCAAACGUUGCCCUCAGCGCCAGCCCCAAUAGAAGCGCCAAGAUUGCCAGCCAAACCUGAUUCAGCAGCCUUGCUUGAUUUAUUAACAGGAAGAUCGUCAGCUACUAGCGCUAAUGCUGCAACAACACCGUCUAUACCAACAGCAUCAUCAUUACUGCUACCGAAAUCCGAUGGUGGUUUGUUGAGUAAAUUAACAGGUUCAAAGACUGCCGAUGUGUUGCCAAAGGCUUCAGAGAGUGUGAUCAAGCCUGAACCUGACAAUAGAUUAUUGACAACGCCGUCUAGUAGUAGUAUACCGCCGAACUCUGAUACCAAUCGUGAUGGUUUACUAGCCUUGUUGACUGGUAAAUCAGAUACUCCUCCCACAAUAACACCAGCAUCAUCAACUCUACUACCGUCAAAGCCUGGGUUAUUGCCAGUCAAACGAGACUCGACCAAGGACUUGUUGUCUUCCACCCCAGCUUCUGAGGAUGCUAAGCGACCUGAUCUAUUGGCUCUGUUUACUAAAUCGUCGUCGACGUUGCCGUCUGUAAGUAAUAAUACAUUACAGAAACCGCCUCCAUUAUUGCCUCCAUCUACACAGCCAAGUCCUUUGGCUGCCUUGCUUGGCAAGAAGGAGGACGAGGUUGUUGUUGAGGCUGAUGAAAUAGAACCAACGGCUUCCUUGGUGGAAGAACGCUUGACUGAUGAACCAGGUGCAAUACUCAGUGAUUCGCCGACGUCAAACAGCAUUAAUUUAGUAGAGGAAGACGACGUGAAUGCAGACAAUGGCGAUAAUAGUGAUAUAGAUUUGGACUCAGCACAUGAACAAGACGAUACACUUCCAUAUGGCUCCUCUACUCCACAUCCACCAGCAUUCAUACCUUUAUUCAGCAGACACGUUCCCAUCACAUCUUUAUCUAAACAGGCAUCGUUUAGUGGCUCAUCGUCUACAUCAUCGAACGCACCAGUGGCUGGUAGUGUCAACAUUAAUAGUAGCAAUAAAUCAAAAUCCAAAGGAACAGCGCCCGACACUAUAAAUAAUGCCAUGCCAGUCAUGACACGAUUCGGAAGCGCAUCUUCAGAUCGGACAAACAACUCUAACACAACCACAGAUCGUUUCCAAGUUGAGUUGACGUCACCAAACGGUGUCUUUAUGGGUACUGUGGGUGAGAUGCAAGUUGAGCAUCAUGGAGAUGAUAGUCAUCCACAAUUCGUGUUUAAAUUGGAUGCGAACAAAAUUAUGGGGUUGCCUGCUAAUAGUAGUAACAGUGUGGGUACUUCGACUACUGAUGCUGAUGACGAUGGAUUUAAUCGUGGUGGAAAUAAUGGAGGGUUUGAAGAUGAGAUAUCGCUUGAUGGUGUGAGUGAUGAUGAUGAGCAAGCUAUUGGUGAGGCUUUAGGCACAGAAGACGAAGACCAGGAGGUGGUAGAUUUUAACGAUUUUGAAGAACACAAGGGUACUGAUGACUCUCCUGUGGAGAACGAGAAAUAG